AAAAGCAGCGAAUUCCUUUACUUGCCACUGGGAAAACUGGCACUCUGGCAAAACUGGCGCUCUGGCAAAACUGGCGCUCUGGCAAAACUGGCGCUCUGGCAAAACUGGCAAACUGGCGCUCUGGCAAAACUGACUAGCACUUUAGUAAACUCGCGCUCUGGCGAAACUGGCGCUCUGGCAAAACUGGCGCUCUGGCAAACUGGCGCUCUGGCAAAACUGACUAGCACUUUAGUAAACUGGCGAAACUGGCGCUCUGGCAAAACUGGCGCUCUGGCAAAACUUGCGCUCUGGCAAAACUGGCGCUCUGGCAAAACUGGCGCUCUGGCAAACUGGCGCUCUGGCAAAACCGACUAG